AAUCGCGCCGCGGUUUGUUGGGACACGCCGGCAAGCCGCCUCUCCAGUUAUCGGCUCCUCCGAGGAAGGGGGCGGUUGGAGUGGUCUCCAUUGUUCGCGGCUUAGGGCGCCAUGAGGGGUGACCGAGGCCGAGGUCGCGGAGGGCGCUUUGGUUCCAGAGGAGGCCCAGGAGGAGGGUUCAGGCCCUUUGUGCCGCACAUCCCGUUUGAUUUCUAUUUGUGCGAGAUGGCCUUCCCCCGGGUCAAGCCAGCGCCUGAUGAAACUUCCUUCAGUGAGGCCUUGCUGAAGAGGAAUCAGGACCUUGCUCCUAAUUCUGCUGAACAAGCCUCUAUCCUUUCUCUGGUGACAAAAAUAAACAACGUGAUUGACAAUUUGAUUGUGGCUCCAGGGACAUUUGAAGUGCAAAUUGAAGAAGUUCGACAGGUGGGAUCUUAUAAAAAGGGAACGAUGACCACGGGGCACAACGUGGCCGACCUGGUGGUAAUCCUAAAGAUUCUGCCAACGUUGGAAGCUGUCGCUGCCCUAGGGAACAAAGUCGUGGAGAGCCUCAGAGCGCAGGACCCUUCUGAAGUUUUGACCAUGCUGACCAACGAAACUGGCUUCGAGAUCAGCUCGUCUGACGCGACGGUGAAGAUCCUCAUCACGACAGUGCCGCCCAACCUCCGGAAACUGGACCCAGAACUCCACUUGGACAUCAAGGUGUUGCAGAGUGCCCUAGCAGCCAUCCGGCACGCCCGCUGGUUUGAGGAAAAUGCCUCUCAGUCCACAGUUAAAGUUCUCAUCAGACUGCUGAAGGACCUGAGGAUUCGUUUUCCUGGCUUUGAGCCCCUCACACCCUGGAUCCUCGACCUACUCGGGCACUAUGCCGUGAUGAACAACCCCACCAGACAGCCUUUGGCCCUAAACGUGGCAUACAGGCGCUGCUUGCAGAUCCUGGCCGCAGGACUGUUCCUGCCAGGGUCGAUGGGCAUCACGGACCCCUGUGAGAGUGGCAACUUCAGAGUACACACAGUCAUGACUCUGGAACAGCAGGACAUGGUCUGCUACACGGCUCAGACGCUGGUCCGGAUACUCUCGCAUGGUGGCUUCAGGAAGAUCCUUGGCCAGGAGGGUGAUGCCAGCUAUCUUGCUUCUGAAAUAUCUACCUGGGAUGGAGUGAUAGUGACACCUUCAGAAAAGGCUUAUGAGAAGCCACCAGAGAAGAAGGAAGGAGAAGAAGAGGAGGAGAAUGCAGAAGAACCACCUCCGGGAGAGGAGGAGGAAAGCAUGGAGACGCAGGAGUGACCUUGCCUUCACCCUCUUUCUUACCCAAGGGGAAGGAAGACCGGAGCCUAGGCUAACUGCCACUGGGCUUUAUAUGGUGGCAUUUCUGAGGGAUGGGGAGACGGGGGAAAAAAAACUCUAUGGAAGGAAGUGUCGUCCCACAGACUUCUGCCGUUGGCCUAGUAGCCAGAAGUCCCCCAGUGAAGCAGGAUACCAACUUUUCUUCCUUAAUACUGUAAACUCCCCAGCUUCCAGAAACCUCUCAACCAGUACUUUGUUGUUGAAAUGUGAACUGUUGAUGUCUGGAAAUUUUUUUCUAGGAAAAAUGAUUAAAGUACUUCCUAGUAGGGCUCUUGA